AUGCACGCGACAGCUAACGAUGCAGGACAUAGAAUCUGCAACAUCCAGCCCAGGGCAUUCGUGUAUUUGAACGGUUAUCGAGAACUUAAAAGUAAAACAAACUCGGAAGAAAACUUUGGACACGGAUCCAUAAUUGAGUCCUGGGCAGAGGGUAAUUGGCGGCGGGCGCGGAAGGACUGGGCCUUGCGCAGCGUGGAUCACCCUUCGAAGGUCUGGAGUGCGGAGCUCAGACUUUUGUCUAAAGUUAAGGGCGGGGAAGCUUGA